UCCCCACCAACUCCGACAUUGUGGCGUCGUGCGCUCGACCGGACCCCUCCUCCCCCCUCCCCUCCCCUUCCCUCCGUUUGCCCCCGCUUCUCCAACCAGCAGAUUCCUCCCCCGCCACCCAGGCCAGCUCCCCCGCCGCCGGCGCCCCCCUCCGCCGUGGAGCUCGACAUGGACGACGCCUGCGCCGUCUGCGCGGAGCGGCUCGAAUGGGUGGCCUACGGCGCCUGCGGCCACCGCGAGGUCUGCUCCGCCUGCGUCACCCGCCUCCGCUUCGUCCUCCGCGACCAGCGCUGCUGCCUCUGCAUGACCCACUGCCCCGCCGUCUUCGCCACCAAGGAAAUGGGGGACCGCACCAAGGCGAUCGGCGAUCUCUCGGCGCUGCCGGCCGCGGCCGGCGAGGGGAAGACCGGGGACUACUGGUACCACGAGGCCACGCAGGUGUGGUUCGACGACGCUGACCAUUACAGGAUGGUAAGGGCGAUUUGCCGGAUCUCCUGCACCGUCUGCGAAAGCAGUGGUAACAAGGGGAAGAAGGGCAGUAAGUCGUCCAAGGCGAAACACAAGAUCAAGUUCGAGACCAUCGAGCAGCUCAAAGCCCAUCUGUCCAACAAGCAUUGCUUGUACAUGUGCGACCUCUGCUUGGAUGGGAGGAAGGUAUUUAUUUGCGAGCAGAAACUUUAUACAAGGCCUCAAUUAAAUCAGCACAUAAAAACCGGUGAUUCAGAGGUGGAUGGCUCGGAAGUUGAGCGCAGGGGUUUUGCAGGGCACCCGAUGUGCAAGUUUUGUAGAAGCCCAUUUUAUGGAGAGACUGAGCUAGAUACACAUUUGACAAGAGAACAUUAUUCUUGUCACAUAUGUCAGAGGCAGCACGGUGGGCAGGAUGAUUAUUUCAGGAACUAUGAUGACUUAGAGCAAAAAUGGUACGGUGCUCCUAAAGUCCGUUUGUGCAUGCAUCUGAAUGGACGCCGUGUUUAUAUUUGCAGUACUAGAACUUGUCAUCUUCACGCGAGGCCGUUGCAAGCUUGUGAGAUGCAUUUCCGAAGAGACCAUUUCUUCUGCGAGGACAGAGAGUGCUUGGAGAAGAAGUUCAUUGUCUUCCAAAGUGAAGCAGAGCUUAAGAGGCACAAUGCUGUGGAGCAUAGGAAGCGCAUGCCUCAUGCACAGAAGAAUUCUGCUCUCCAGACACCAACCAGUUCUAGAGACCGGAGCGAGCUAGAGCAGAGUAAUGGCAGAGGUAGAAGGCACAACGCUUGCCUCCCCAAUGGUUCUGUUGACAAUACCUUGCUGUCUGUUCAGAAUGGCAUUGCAAAUAUGGGCCGUGGCUCAGGAAAUCAAGUUGCUGCUGUUGUGUCUCCCUUGCGAUCUAGUUCUGGGCACUCAUCACAAGCAGGCCAAAGCUCUGGGAUGAACCGUGUUUGGCAGCAACCACACUUUCCUCCCCUCUCCCGCCAGGAGGUUCCUGAUGCAAGAAUAGGUUCCUGUUUUCAAGAACUUCCAUCCCCUCCCAUAUCAGGGCAAUCAGGGUAUACACCAUUUGCCAGUCGGAGCUCACGGACUGCUGCACGCGCAAUGGAUUUGGAAUUCCCUCCUUUAUCAGGCAGUAAUAACAGAACUGCUGCGUCAACAGAGCAGGGGGUACGAAAGGUAGCUGAGAACACUCAUGCAUUUGGGCUCCGACAACAAAGCAACGGAAUUGUGAAUACACACCAUUCUGCUCAGCAUUGGUCCCUUAAAAAUACUGAUUUGAUCCCUUCUGGUUCAAGUCACUCCCCAAGUUGGCCUACACCCAACACAAGUCCUCACGUUAGUGGAUCGCUGAGUCUGACUUCUGCAGGAAAUGGAAGGCAAGAAACACCUGUGAGCCGCCAGGUGUUGUGCUCUGUGGAUGAUGUUCGUGCAGCGAAUAAUUCAUUGGUUGAAAGAAUGCAGGCUGCAUUAGGAAUGGACCGGGACAGGUACUCGAUGUUCAAAGAGAUCUCUGGGGAGUACCGUCAAGGCGUUAUCAAUGCUUCAAAGUACCUUUCAUAUGUCGAACAAUUUGGUCUGUCGCACCUCGUUCUUGAAAUGUCCAGGUUGCUGCCUGAUCCUCAAAAGCAGAAGGAGCUUGCUGAUGCCUACUACGCGAAUUUGCGCCUUACAAGCCUCCAAGGAAACGGUGGCGGUGGAGCUGUUUGCUCGAAAGAAAGCACCCGGAAAAAUAAGGGGAAGGGGAAACUUCCUGCUGCUGCACAGGAUUUGUUAGAAGAUAAGCUCCUGAGUGCUGCCAGCAAGCUUCAGUCGCAGGUGGGAGGCUCUAGAGCGCCGUUGAGAGAAGGGUGUGGAGCAGCCGAUGGACCUUUGCAGGAGCCGAGGUGGCCUGUGAAGGGUGCUUGGCAAAACCGUGGGGGGCAGAGACUCGUGAGCAAGGCGAAGAAGUAAACUGGGGUUUUACUGGAUGUUUUGCCACCUGAGCUGCGGUGAAAACGCCCAUUUUUCCCCGAUUCGUGUCUGGUUUGUCGAGGUGACUAAGAAGACCGCGGAGUAAUUAUUUGGUUCGCUUCUGUUUCUCUUUGUCUGAACCUUAUGUCGAGUUUGCGUAAUUGUGUCGUGAAUGUUGCGAAGAAGGAAUAGAUCUGGACUAUGUGGAUGGUAACUAUCAAAGCUAUUGUAAUUCAGGAUGUCUCUGGCAGGAUUAGUAUUUUGAAGUUUGUAUGGAAAUACAUAUCAAAUCCAUCUAGAACUAUACUUA